GAGAGGGUCGCAGCCGUGGAACGCGCACAGACCACGACUGCCACGACAAUCAUCAGGAGCUCCUUCCAGUGGAUGCGCGCUUUGCAGCGUACUAACUAAGCGAUUGCAUGCAGUAACCCCCAGUACAUCGAACACAGAUCAGAAUGAUGGCUAAGCUGUCGCUUUUCAAGGCAUCUAGCAGCGUGCUCACUGACACUCAAGAGUUCAUCUGUCCUAUUUGCUUGGAUAUUUUUCUGAAGCCCGUCACGAUCAGCUGCAAACACACUUUUUGCAGUGGCUGCCUGGCUAACUGCAAGCUAGAAGAUCCCAAGUGCCCACUAUGCCGUUCCAUUUUUGAUCCCACCAAGACAGUGCAUGCCAAGGCCAUAGCCAAAAAUAUUUCUACCCUCAAGGCUGUCUGUUCGGGCUGUGGGGAAGUGUUCUUGCUGUCAAAGCUGCGGGCCCACCACAACAACUGCUCGAAUGCAAUGGAGGGUGCUGCAGCCGCUCUCCCUGUGUACCAGCCCCCAGGCUGUCGGUCAUCUGGCAAUCCAAACCGGGUCACCUUUACUUGCCCCUACUGUGAUGUGAGCAACCUGGACGUUGCUGCACUUAGGGAACACUGCAAUGCCAACCACUACAACAACCCACUCUCUGUGGUGUGCCCAGUGUGUGCCUCCAUGCCAUGGGGGAAUCCUCACCAGCAGUCCAUCAACUUUAUAAGUCAUCUAAAUUUCAGGCACCGCUUUGAGUAUGACUCUUACGUGGACUACGCCUUCGAUGAUGAUGAGGCCCUGCAGCAGGCCCUGGAAGCUUCCCUGAGAGAGCAAUAAAGGGCACAGCGUUGUGAAAGACAUGGCUUUCCAAUGCUUUUUUGUACCAGUCAUGUACAGCAUGAGAUAGUCUUUCUCCGCAGAUUUUAGGUGCCACUUUUUUGUUUUGUUUGUUUUUUUAACUAUUGCAGUUUUUAAAUAUAGGUUUUUGUUGCUGCAGGUACAGCAUUGUAUGUUAGCAUUUUUUCAGAGAUGCGAGUUUGACUUAGGAUAUUGUUUGAAAACAGCAUCUUGCUUUCCUUUUAUAAAAGGACUGACAAAGUUUGUUCAGUACCGCUGAAAUUUUAUUGGCAAAAAACAGUUGUAACUCAUUUAACGCGUGUCUGUCGAACCACCAGCAAGCAGGAGGAAUACAGGGGACUGAUGGCAUAUUUCAAAGGUAUUUUUACGCACAAAUAGUUUCAUACAUCUGACUAUAAACUGCCUUGUAAUUGUAUGGUGCACAUAAGUGUCGACAAAGUUCCACUGUGCAUUCUUGCAGCCUUCUCUGCCAAUUUUUUUUAACCACCCAUCUAGAACUGAGUAGUUAAUAUAAUGAUAUAUUUUACUUUACAUCACAAAUGUAUCGAUCAACUGCCAGUCCCUCUUUGACCUGGACAAAAGAAUGCAAAGAAGUGUCCGUGCCCUGUUGUCUAGGUACUUUGUGAGCCGUGCAUAUCAUCGACUUAAUAUCAUCCUUGCCCUGAAGAGAUGUGAAUCCUGGCACUUCAUGUCCACCCACCCACAAAUGUGCUAGCUGUAUAUGUAGAUACACAAGUUGCUGUUUUCUGUGUUGCUCACAAAUGUGAUUUGUAGUCCUUUAAAUGCUUGCAACACAUUUUAGCAAGCAUGAAAAACAUGGUCAAGUGUGGCCAUACUGUGUAUCAUCAUUAUUUGCUACUCUUAUAAAUGCACCCGCUGUUUGGAGUAAUAUCUCCGGUCUAGUGAUUGACAGCCUGCUAAUUGCAUAUGCUUUUGUAAAGGGCAUGCUACAGCAGUCUGAUGCCAAGUCUGUCAUCUUGGUGAUGCCAAGAUGACAUACUUGGCAUCACCAAGUCAACAUUGUUACAAAAUCGUGUUUCGAAUAACCACCAAUGUCUGUUGACUGUUGGUUGAUAUACUGCCCACAACAAUAGCUUCAAAAUAGCUGUGUGUCUUGCUGCAGGUGUCUGUGAAGCUACAGUCGACUCUCGUUGAUUCAAACUCUAAGGGACCUCAGAAUUUCGUUUGAAUUAUCAGGAAGUUUGAAUUAGCAGAAGUUUUCAGAUAUGACUCUGGGCAAAGUGACACAUUGAUUUCAUCACGUUGAAAAUUCUUUAAACGUUUUUGAACCCUAACUACACCCAGUGAACAGAAAGCAGAAGUGUAAGGUCCACAAGUUUAUUGGCCAUUUACUGCUUAUCAGACCUUUUAUAGAAAUCGUGAAUGGCUGACUGCUUCUUUGCUAUACGUGUCUUCAGCAUAAAGUUCUUUAUACCAGUUCAAGAGAAUCAUGGUUUACAAUGUGUGUGCUUCGUUAAAACAUUUGACUAGCAGAGCUUUUUUCCUUAAAGGCCUGAGGCUCUUUUUUUUUAGACUGUUAGGAUUAUAAAACAGUAUAAGGAAAGCAGCCGAUAUUUUCUGGUAUGGAAAUGCAAAAAGUAUGAAUUAACUGAAUGAGGGAGUUUGAAUUGAGAAUAGAGAAAAGAAUAGAGGGCCAACCAAAAAAUUGAAUUUCAUUAACCAAAAGUAUGAAUUAUCAGAGUUUGAAUUAUCGAGAGUCUACUUAUAUAUGUGGGGAGGGACAGCAUAACUUGUUAUGUUAUUUUCCAUAUGGCACAUAGAGGACUUUGCAACAAAGGACAUACUUCAGAAUUGCAUUACAUGAUGUGUACCACCUCUUGGUUGUGUAUACACCACACAAACAAAAUUAUUUAAGAUAAAACUUGCGUCACCUAGGCAAGAAAGAACGAAGAAGUGAGAGUUGCUGCACGAGCUUCGCAUUCUUUGCCAUCAGCUACAAAGCAAUUGCUUCUAGCAUGACAUAUGUUUGACGAGAUGGUGCUAUAUUUUUCAUGCUGAAAGCUACGUUUCCCAUGAGUGACAGCCGGCAUUAAAGGUGUCGCGCAUUUCGUGACUUGCUUGCUCAAAUUUUUUGGGUAUGUCGCGAAUUAGCGACACUAAGCACUAAAGAGGUUAAGGAGCCUUUAAGAGAUCAGCUAUUCGAACUUUCUUGUAUUGCAGAUACUGUUCAUUUAUGUUUCUUGAUUUUACUGUUACCAAGCGGACACAGGACUAUUGAGAGUAUAUGUACAAUACGAAUUCUAGUCUCCAUUAUGUAGCCCCUUUUACGGUGACUCAUUUAGACAUACAGUUCAAGUGCUGUGGUCCAGGGUGGUACCAGCUUUCACGAACACUCUUCCUUUGACAUCAUGUUGCAAUCUCCAAGGAAACCAUUGUAUGUUUCACUUGCCAAUGAGACACUGUUGCUGGUUUAUUGCCAAUAUGCUAGUCACUCAAGUGAUUAGCUGGAGAGGUAGGUUUGUGCAUUCCACUUUUUGUAAUGCAGGUACAUUACAUUUUUGCUUGUAUUUUGUUACUGCACAUUAAAAACUUGCGAAUUUUUACCUCUACAAAGUGCAAUUGCUUGGACUACUGUAGUCACAAUGUACUUAACCUGUAACACACACAAGGUUUUAUGCUGUACCAUCAAUCUACAUGAGCGAGCAAGCUGCUGUUGGCCUUGACCAACCUGUAUUGUUCAGGCUUUUUAUACUGUUUAUCCGACAUCUCCAUAACCUAACAUCUGUGCAGGGCUCAUAUGCCUAAACUGCCAGACUUUUGUUAUGGUUAUUGCCUAAGAAUUCGGUUUUAUCACUCCAUGUUUCAUUUCGUUGAUUGCUCACUACAAAUGUCUGUAAAAGUGAUGCUGCAUAGCAAUUUCUCAUCGAGAAAACAUUGUACUUUGGUCAAGUUCAUAAGCUCCUCUUCUCAACUGAUGUGCUAUUGAAUGUGCAGAGUAUAAAACAAACAUGGAGCUUCCAACGCAUGCCUACUAUGUGAAGAUUUGUAUCAUGGUGCACAAAUUUUGUCACUUUACAGUAAAACAUCACUGUACUUUUGCAAACAGCAGAACUCAUUUUUACAAAUCAUGCAUUGCCCUCCUUUUUUUUUAAGGUAACCCAUAGCCAAAUUGCAAGUUAAUGUUCUUUGCCCAUAAACAUAUAUAUCUUGUUCUGUUUCAGCUGCUAUUCUGUAUCUACUAUCCUACAGGUGCCGUAGAUGAUAAGAUAGGGAUCCUUGUUUAUAAAUAGAGCUAAUUGGCUAUGCAAAAAGGGAAAAAAAGUUUGACAUUUCAUGUUGAGCCCCCUCUGCAAGAGGUGCCAAGUCUCUCCAUAGAACAUGUCUUCCCCUUGUGUUAGUGUAAGCUCUCAAAAUUCAAAGUAAUAGUGAUUGAUUAGGCUUGACUAAGAAUGCCAGGUAUAUAAAAAGACUACACAGUGGUAGGGUUUAGAUAAAUUGACCACAAAUUUUGUAUGCUUUUAAAAUCUCUGUAUUUCAAAAGCUCUACAUUUCAAGUGCACUCUUUAACUUUGCCUUUACAAAUUCCCUCCCUUUUGCCAAGCUAGCCAGCAGGCAGCCUUGUAUAUAACAGCCCACUGCCAAACAGAAGUUUGAGGCUCCUGUCGUGCACAUAUUUUUAGGAGCUUAAAGCAAUAAUUUGUUUCACCUUCUGUGCUACAUUGUUAAUUGGAGUAUUUAGUUUACAACAGCAAGCAACCCAUUUAGCUCAGUAAAACACAACCACACACACAAUUACGAUCUAGUAAGCACUUCUCAGUAAGUUUAUUCCAGCUGGUGAAUAUUUUCAUCAUUAUGGCAUGCCUGGCUUUCUCCUCUUGCCACAGUGCAAGAUGAGAAUGUCGCCAUGUUUGCGAUAUGAUUACCUGUAAAGAAAAGUUGGGUGGUGCAAGUUUGGCUUGCUUUUGAAACCGAAGAGUUUGCUUUUUUUUUUUUUUUUUGUAAACGGCUUUUGUCGUAAAAUGUCACCAUAAGUGCAUCUUGUGCAUUCAAGUGUGUGGAUGGCGCCUUGUUUUUGGCUUGCUUUUGAAACCGAAGAGUUUGCUUUUUUUUUUGUAAACGGCUUUUGUCGUAAAAUGUCACCAUAAGUGCAUCUUGUGCAUUCAAGUGUGCGAAUGGCGCCUUGUCAGUGUGCCCACGUAUGAAGCCUUGUCGGGCAUCAUUUCAGGCCAAACUUUAGCUGGUGAAAAAGGUUCACUUACAAUUUUGUAGAACCUGUAAAUUUACAGUAAGCUUCCACACCAUGUAGAUGUGGUACUUGUUUGAUGUUAUUCUUCGCACUACAUAAGUUGGCCAACAGUGCUGAUAUUGGUAUGCAGGAGUAGCCACUCCUGUAAACAUUGUGAAGAGUCUUCCCAUGUGUUUGAUAGACACUUUUCAUUUUUCACUUUUGUACACCAUUUGUACAUAACUUCUAUUCAAUAAAACUUUUAAAGAAA